AUGUCCCAAGUCGUGCGACGAAAGAAGAUGUUCGACGACGUAUCCUCCUUUUCCGAGGAGGACGACGUCGAUGACGAGGCGAUGAUGCAGCACAAUGUAAAGUCACCACCCGUGAUGCGCUCAGCGCACCAUGUGGACGCUGCAGCUUCUUAUUUGACGGCGCUCUCAGCAACAGCAGCACCACAGGCUGAUAGCGAUGACGAUUCCAACGCCUUUGUGCCCAAGCCGGCGUCUUCAUUCCAACAGGUGACGAAGCCGGAGGGCGCUGGUAGAGAAAACGCGGGACACGUGACGAUGGUUGCACGUGUGUCCGUGUCGUUGACUCCGAAGGACUCUCCGCGAGCUGCAUCGCCAGCGGAGCCGUCGGCGCAGGCUCAAGUGCUUGUGCAAUACCCCACAGCAACCAUGCAAGCUCUACAGCAGCCCGAAUCCGCUGGGGCCGGCGACUUGCCGUGGAGCAGGGCAGUGCUGGGCAGCGCCUCUGCGUACAGCGCGCCGGCAGCUGUGUCACAGCGGCAGUCAUGGCCAGAGGAGGUCGAAACCGCCGUAAACCCUGAGCACCCUGGCGCCGAUAAGGCGAGUUUGCAGAAGGGCCGCCGCCGCGCCUACACCCCGUGUGUGCAUAGCUCGCGCGCGAAUGAACGCGGCGGCAGUGCAGCUGCGACUGGUGGUGAAGGUGCCAUUCCUGCGCAGCACCCUGAGCAAAUGGAAACGGAGGCGGGAGCAUUCGCCACCACGGAGAACCGUGGGGAGGUCAAGAGCACGCGACUUAGCCCUGACGAGUCCGAUGACGAGAUGUACGAGCAGUACACGCCAGCCUCCAUGAACCGAGCAACGGCAGCGCACAUAGAGUACUCCGGCGAGGAAUACGCGACCCACUAUGGCGCGCACACCGGCCUUAGACAAGGCUCACACAGCGCAGUCAGCAAGGACAAGGACUUCCCUUUCGCUUCGUACAUCUUCCCCCGCCUCAACCCGGCCUUGGCUGACUAUCAGGGAGCCCGCACCGCGGUUGCUGCGGUGAAGCAGGGUGAGGUGAUGCCGCCCAACGCGGUGGAGACGUGCUGCGCGUACCUGAUGGUGGCAGAUAUUCGCGUCGCUGUCUACCUCAUCGUGCUCUUCGUAUCGGUCGCACUGGCACUGGUGUCGAUCCCCACGUCGCAGUUGGACGUCGUGGGCGCGGCUUGCUUCACGUACUGGGGCUACAAAGACAACUGCGACAACUCUACCUACACGAUCCCUCGGCCGCUGUAUCCCACCCCUUAUAUCCGCAGACACCUCGGCGUGGGCGCCGCCUUCUCUAUCGUCACGCUGAUUGUGCUCCUGGUGAAUUUCGCGGCCGCCGUCAUUGCUGUCUGCUGCCUAACGCAGGCACCUCACACCAUCUCGCUCAACUCUCGCAUCGUCCUCGGCACCCUCGGGUGUGUAGGAGCGUUGACGCAGCUGAUUUCCUGGGCGGUGGUGGCAAGAAUCUACAAUUCUGGUCACUACGCCGCAGGUGAGCUCGCAUACGGAGCCGGCUUCGGGCUUAAUCUCUCGUCGUGGGUGAUGCACCUUCUCGGUGUCGCACUCGUCUUCGCCGCACCCUCCCAUUUUGUGAACCGCCGCCAGCAGCGCGGCUGA